AUGAUGACAGUGCUUCCGACGCUUUUGCUACCUCUGUUGCUGGUUCUGGUAUUAUUAGCCUCUCCAGGACAAGGCUACCGAAAAGUUGGUUGGCCCUGUCGAGCAAUCUUUCAAUGCGAGAGCGAGUACUGCAAUAGCACACUCCAGUGUGACACCAAGAGGGCCGUGGGGCAAACCUGCGAGUUUCAUGAUGCCUGUGCUUCGGGACGUUGCAGUGGUGGGGUAUGCCAAGUCCCACAACCCGCAGGUGGUCCUUGUGCCGUCCAUGAGGAUUGCGAUGAAGGGUAUUGUGGAGAAUCCAGCACCUGCUUGGCAUGGAAGGAUCGAGAGAUUGAUUGUUUGGGAGACCAUGAAUGCCGUAGUGGAAGGUGCACUCGAAAUCCCUUGAAGUGCACCUUUACCGUCAAGGAUGGAGAGAUUUGUGGCAAAGAUAACGAUUGUGAAAUGAAACGCUGCAAGAAGGAUCGAGGGCUGAACCGGUGCUACGAUCGCAAAUGGAAUGAACACUUUUGUAACGACAACACUGACUGCUGGUCUCUUCGGUGUGAGGGCGUGGCUCCGGCACGUAACUGUACCGAGCCCGAAUGGUUGGGAAAACCCUGUGAUGAAGCAUCCGAUUGCUACAGUUUGUUUUGCAACAAGGAGCAAGGAAUCUGUGUGGCCAGUGCUGCUGAUGCUGGCUCGGACUAUGAGGUGAUUGAAGAUGCUCCUGGAGUUGUGGGAAGUGCGACUGUAGAUGCCGUCAACAAUGGGGGUGGAUCCGUGGAUAUCAGUGCUGGUGGCAGUGGUUCCGAGGUUUUUGAGGCGAAUGCACAGAGUAGUGCGGCUUGGGCUGUUUCGGUCGAGAGUGUAAUGUUGGUGGGGUGCACGGCACUGUUGGCAUUUCUCUAUUAG